AUGGCUAAUGUAGAAAGGAACAACGUCGUAAAGUGGGCUCCACCACAGGCGAGAUGCUAUAAGGUGAAUGUUGACGGAGCGGUGUUUUCUAAAAUGAAGCAAGCUGGUGUAGGAGUGGUUGUAAGGGAUGGCACAGGUCAGGUGAUAGCUGCGCUAAGCAGGAAGCUAUACUCCUCGCUGGGGCCACUGGAAACAGAGGCUAAGGCUAUGGAGAUAGGAGUCACUUUUGCAAUGGAGAAAGGGGUCAGGGAUGUAACUUUUGAGGGUGACUCACUGGAGAUAUGCAAUGCUAUCCACGGCCUUACUGUAGCUGCUCCUUCGGUUCAAAAUGUAGUCACAGGAAUUCUAAAGUGUGCUCAAGAUUUUCGCACCUUUGGUUUUUCCCCACACCAAAAGACUAGGGAAUACCCUGGCCCACGUACUGGCCCACCAUGCAGUUAA